AUGGAUCUGGCAACGGGCGCCAUGGGAUCCCUGCUCCCCAAGCUGCUCGAGCUCCUCAAGGAGGAGUACGAGCUGAAGGAGAGCGUCAAGGAAGGCGUCAGGUCUCUUGAGAAAGAGAUGACGAGCAUGCAAGCUGCCCUCUGCAAGGUGGCCGACGUGCCGCGGGACCAGCUCGACGAGCAGGUCAAGAUCUGGGCAGGGGAGGUCAGGGAGCUCUCCUUCAACAUGGAAGACGUCGUCGACAAGUUCUCGGUACGUGUUGAUGAUGGCUCUGAGAUUGCCGCCAACCCGAAGAAGCUCAAACGGCUCACCAAGAUGAUGGCCAGUUUGUUCACCAAGGGGAAGACCCGCCAUGAGAUCGCUGAUGCAAUCAAGAGCAUCAAGAAGCAAGUACAAGAUGUUGCUGACAGGCGUGCAAGGUACAAUGUUGACAACUUUGUCGCUAGGCCGGCAGCGGUGACACCCAUCGAUCCUCGCCUUGCGGCUCUGUACACGAAAGUGACAGAGCUUGUUGGCAUUGCUGGGAAAAGAGAUCAAGAGCUAAUGAGGUUGCUCUUUGAGGAAGACAACUUGCCCAAGAAAGAGUUGAAGAUUGUCUCUGUAGUCGGAUUUGGAGGAUUGGGCAAGACCACUCUUGUCAAAAUGGUUUAUGACAAGAUCAAGAGAGAUUUUGAUUGCGGGGCUUUUGUUCCAGUUGGUCGAAAUGCUGAUGUGAAGAAGAUUCUCCGGGAUAUCCUUCUUGAUCUUGGCUUGGACGAAAGCCAGCUCACCAAGUUGGAUGAAAGACAACUCAUCAACAAACUUCAAAAAGGUCUAGAGAAGAAGAGGUAUCUCAUUGUAAUUGAUGAUAUAUGGGAAGAAAAUCUAUGGAAAAUUGUCAAUUUGGCAUUCUCUAAUAGCAAUAAUGGCAGUCGGUUAAUCACAACAACCCGUAUAGCCAGUGUAGCUAAAUUGUGUUGCUCAUCCACUAAUGAUUCAGUCUAUCAAAUGGAACCACUUAGUGAUGAUGAUUCUAAAAGGCUUUUCUAUAGUAGGAUAUUUUCUCACGAGAGUGUGUGUCCUCAUGAAUUUAAAGAAGUAUCUAGAGAUAUAUUGAAGAAAUGUGGUGGUGUGCCAUUAGCCAUCAUAACAAUAGCCAGUAUUUUGGCUAGUGACCAGAAAGUAAAUUCACAUGAUGAAUGGCAUGUUUUGCUCAAGUCUAUUGGGCGUGGACUUACUGCAGACCCCAGUGUAGAGGAGAUGUUGAGGAUACUAUCAUUCAGCUAUUAUGACCUGCCGUGUCAUCUGAAGACAUGCUUAUUAUAUCUAAGCAUGUUUCCGGAAGAUAGCAAGAUCAUGAAAGAUCAGUUGAUAUGGAUGUGGAUUGCCGAAAGCUUUGUCCAAAGUGGAAAAGCAAAUACUGGUCUCUUUGAGUUAGGAGAAACUUACUUCAAUGAGCUUGUGAACAGAAGCUUGAUCCAGCCGGUAUAUGAUCAUUUUGGCUCUGUACAUGCUUGCCGUGUACACGAUAGUGUACUUGAUCUAAUUUUAUCCUUGUCAAGUGAAGAGAACUUUGUUACUAUAGUGAAUGGUACUAGUGAUACCAUGUCUUCGGAGGGCAUUGUCCGCAGAUGGUCCCUCCAAAAUGAUAGAACAGAGGAAGGUCAAAGAAGGCCUCUCAGGUCUAAGAGUAUCGGACAAGCUAGGUCUGUUGUUACAUUUGCACCUGCUAUUGAUCUGAUGCCACCAUUCUCGAGCUUUGUUGUUUUGCGUGUAUUAGAUUUGGAUUUGCAUGGAUAUGGUGGUACUAAGGAGGCCCAUCUCAACCUUCAAGAGUUGGGGAGUUUGCUUCACUUGAGGUACCUACGUCUAUCUGGAACAAGAUUAGGUGACUUGCCGGAAGAGAUUGGAAAGUUGCUGUUUUUGCAGGUGUUGGAUUUACCUGGAGGUACAGGACUGCCGUGGACUGUGAUUAAGCUUACGGGAUUGUUGUCCCUAUGGAUUAAUGGUGGGAGGUUUCAACCUCCAGAUGGUUUUGGAAACCUGAGAUUAAUGGAAGUGUUGAGUAAGAUCAAAGUUGGCUCUGUAAGCAUUGUAAAAGAGUUGGGCAACAUGCAUAGAUUGAGGGAGCUGAAUAUUCAGUUUGUGAGUUCGGGGCUGGUGGAAUCUUUUGUGGAGUCAUUAGGGAAAAUGCAAAAGAUCCAGCGUGCAAAAAUCAGUGCCAAGUGUGAGCGAAAAGUUUCAAUGGAUCUAUUGGGAGAACUUUGGGUGCCCCCUGCAAGUCUCCAGGAGUUUAUCAUGAAGAAAGGCGUGAGAUUAUCUACCCUGCCGGCAUGGAAUCCAUAUCAUCUGUCACAACUCUCCAAAUUAUUAAUAAGUGUAGGGGAUGUGCGACAGGAGGAUCUGGAAUUCUUUGGAAGGUUACCGGCGCUUCGGAUUCUUGGGUUACUGAGCGACAACCAAUGGCCGCUAGUCGUUGGUGCCGAGGGGUUCCGUUGUUUGGAAAAGUUCAUGUUGGUUUCCAAAUCACCGAGCCAAAUAUUGUUCGAGCCAGGAGCUAUGCCCAAGGCCGAACUAGUUGUCCUCAGAAUCGAUUUGCAGGUGGCAAAAGAGGAAGCAGCUGGCAGCAGUGGCGAUUGGUUUGACGUUGGCGUGGAGAACCUGCCGUCCCUUCGGCAGGUCGAAGUCGAGUUCUACCGUUGGGGAGUGACGGUCGGGGAGGCCAAGCAAGCGAAGGCUGCGCUGGAGAAGGCCCUCCGCGCCCAUCCUAACCGUCCGCCUUGGCAAUCCGCUUCGACUUCUACUUCGACGAGGACAUACCAGAAGGAUGAGGAUGAGGAUGUCUACAUCAGGCUGCCAUUGUUUUAUUGGAGACACACAUCUGCAAAACAUAUGGGUAUGCGUACCGACCGCUGCAGCAUCGACUCGUCACUCUAG